AUGCAUCAUUGCUUUGAUUUUCAGCAGGUUGAAGAAGAAGCAGCCAACAUGUAUCUCCAGUACUACAUAAACGAGAAUGGCGACAAAGUCUACACCACUAAGAAAGAAUCACCACUGGGGCUUCCCACUCAAUCUGCCCAUCCUGGAUAUCAUGUCCUGUUGUUCCGUUGUCGUGCUGUCACCCCGCUUCUCCCCCGACGACAUGUAUUCAAGGCAAAGAUUUCUCCUGAAGAAACGCUUUGGGUUGUUGCCGAUCCAGCAGUCACCUCUGAAGUAUUAGAUACUUAUAAAGGUUCAGCUGCUUUGAAGGGCUUCUUCGUUUGA